AAUCGCCAAAUGGGAAACAGUGACGUCUCCUUUCUUAUUUUAUACCUCUCAGACAGGAAAGGCGCGGGAAAUGAGUAUACUGAGUGAUAUGUGUUAGCUUUUAGAUGGAAUGUGUUAGAAAUAAAACUAAAAAUUAGAAUUUUAUAGAAAUUUAAUUUGAACCAUGGAGUUGAUGAAGAAAGAGAUAUGGUCUCAGUUGGUUAAUUCUUAUCCAAGUUGUGUUUUAGAGGAAAGUUCAGAAACUGACAAAUUAAGACUACGUCUAAGUGUCGAAGAUCUUGGCGAGGUUGAGGAUUUUAAAAAGACAAUUGGUAGAAUUACAAAAACGCAGUGGAACGCAAAAAGGGAAAACUCUGAUCCUAUGAGGUUUACUUUUUGGAAAGCAUGGGUCUGCCAACACAGUAAAUUAAAUAAAGCCUCCACUUCCAAACGGAACGCCAAGUGUCAAGCUAAGUUGUGGCUCAUAAUAAAAAAGCUCACUAAACACACUUAUAGAAAAGACAAGUUCAUGAAACUGUCUCCUCCUUUAGCAGUUUUGGUAAUUCUUGGCUUGCAGCACACUCAUAGUAUUGAUACUGUUGAAUCUCUUAAAAUGUUGAGAGUUUCAGACGAAGUAAAGAAAGACUUUAAUGACUAUUUCUCAUGGGGAAUGACUAUAAUCGAAGCCCGUAUGCACCAUGAAAAUAAAUUUUUGUUGGCAAACAACUAUGAAGAUAUGGCAAAUGCUUCUAAGAAUCCAACUCCGAGGCAGGUUCAUCAUUUGCAAAACAAGUGGAAAUCGAACAAUUCAGGGGCACUUCCCACCCCAUUUGAGAAAUUGAAGGAAAGAAUACCACUUUAUAAUUCAAAUGUUUCCGGCCCUAUUUAUGACUGCAGAUAUACACGAAGAGAAAGAAGCCUUAGCAACUGUGUGGCCAGAAAGCUCACAGCUUCUGUGCCAUUUUUAUGUGGCUCAAACUGAAUGGUGUGAGCUAUUUUCCAAGUCUACUACAUUAACGACGGAAGAAGGAUCUAGACUUAUGAAACUUUUCCUCGAUGUUAUGUAUGCUACUACUGAAGAAAAUCAUACAGAAGCUUUUGCCCAACUACUGAAUGAACAACGAUACCCAGAGUUUUUAUCCAGAUUUAAUUCUUUCUACCAAAGAAGAAACGAAUGGGUCUUGCUGGACAGAAGUUCGACAGUAAACAACGCCACAAAUAACUUUGCCGAAUUUACAAUUCGAAUUGUUAAAGACAUUGUGUUAUGUCGCACAAAAGCUUUCAGUAUCGUUACUCUAGUUGAAUUUUGCUUGGAUUUGUGGGAAAAACACCUUACGAAGAAACUUCUCGAAUUGGCGCACUCUUGCGAAGUUAGUUUAGCAUUCAAAUCAAUCCACGAAAAGGACAAAGAAAUUAAAGAACUAGAUGUGCAAGAGAGUUUUCAAAACGUGUUUCUGAUGAAAAUUGGACAUAAAUCAUACACUGCCAAUGCAGAGGUUGGUGUCUGCAACUGCCAAGUUGCAAUGUUUGGUGCAUUUUGCAAGCACCAAUAUUACUUAUUUACAACACAUAAAUUUGCUUUGCCUAGUGCGCCAACUCUAUCAAUAGAGGAAAAAACUGAAUUACAUAACUUUGCUUUAGGAGAAAUGUCAGAAUGUGAUUGUUCAAAUACACCAGAGAAUUGGAAAUCUUUACCAAAAGAUGGCAACGCUUUACUAGAUUAUGGCAAAUCUUUACCAGAAGGUGGUGAAUCUUUACCAGAAGAUGAUGAUUUUUUUCCAGAUUUUGAUGAAUUCUUACUAGAAGAUGAUGACUUUCUCCCGGAAAAUGAGCAAUCUCUAUCAGAAGCGGGAACAAGUCAGAACAGUCAAGAAAUAAAUCUUAGUGCAAUCCAGACGGGUACUAAUAACCAAAUCGACAAAAUGGCUAGUCAGGAAGAUAAAAAUCAAAUUGUUUCAGAACUAAAUAGAAUUGCCGAUAUGAUUUCAAAAAGCACAUUUACAAAAACAAAAGCCGACCAUAUCAUCAAUACUCUAAAAAAGAUUAAGACCGUGGAUGAUUUAGAUAGGUUAUUUUUUCUUAAAAAUAAUUCUCGAAUUAAAAAAACGAAUGUUCAUCACAUUUCUGGAGUCGUGCCACGGUUAGAAUUAGCUAAAGCUGUAAGAAGUGUUCCAGAAAAAACAAAUGUUCAUCAUAUUUCUGGAGUCUUGCCUAGGAUAGAGUUAGUCAAAACUGGAAAAAUUGUUCCACAAAAAACAAAUGUUCAUCAUAUUUCUGGAGUCUUGCCAAGGAUAGAGUUAGUCAAAACUGGAAAAAUUGUUUCAGAAAAAACAAAUGUUCAUCAUAUUUCUGAAGUUUUGCCACGAAUAGAGUUAGUCAAAAUUGAGAGAGUUUUAGAUGGAAGUUCUUCUGAAGAGAUAACUAAAAAACUAAAAGUAUCCUAAAAUGCCUUAAAAAUAACCUUUGAUUACUUCUUAAGACCUAGUUACUAUGUCUUUAUAUAGCGAUUGUCAAUGUAAAAAUAUAAUUGAAUUUACAAACCAAAAUUUAUAAGAAAUUAAAGAAAAAUCCAAUUUUUGGACAAUUAUUGUUUGAAUUUUGUUUUAGUAUGAUCAAAAUGUGAAGAACUAUGCAAUAAAAAUACCGUAAUGUAACUACCUACCCAAUAAAAAUACCCUAUACUAUGUAAAAAAUGUAAUUUUUUUCAAGUAAUAAUUAAGAAACGGCACUUAAGUUAAAGGGCUUAAAUACUAUGAACACUUUUAAAAAGAUUAAAAUUUUAAAAAGUGUUUAUCGCAUUUAGGAAUUUACUUUCUUCAAAGCUACAAAAUUUGUAGCAAAAAUCCCUAUUUUGGCUAUUAUUUAAAGCUCUUACCUCAAUAGGAUAUAACUAAUAAUCCCUUCUCAACAUUUUUGUGUAUGUAAUUAACUAAUAAUAAUUUAUUAUAAUUUU